AUGGCUACUAAAUCUCCAUAUCCCGACAUAGAGAUCCCCAAUGUUGACUUAUGGGGUCUUAUGUUUGACCAACCCCGAGAAUUCCCCGAUUCUCAAGUAAUAUAUCGCGCUGUCAACUCAGACCGGAGUUAUACGUGGCAAGAUGUCAAAGAAGCAGCCGCCGCCUUUGGCGCCGGUCUACGCAAUUUAUGGGACUGGAAGAAGAACGAUGUAUUGAACGUCUUUGCGCCCAACGAUGUUGAUUUCGGCCCGAUCGUCUACGGUGUCUUUUAUGCUGGUGGGAUUGUAUCACCUGCCAACCCGGCAUAUUCGGUGGAUGAGCUGUCAUUCCAGUUGAAGAACUCGGGUUCCAAGGCAAUCGCCACAACUGCUCAAUUCUUGCCGACAGCACUCAAGGCGGCCAAGAAGUCGAAUAUCCCUGAGGAUCGUGUUAUAUUACUCGGAUCUGAGAGAGACCCCAGUCACACCGUCAAGCACUGGACCAACAUUCGUAAGACUUCUGGUGCAGUCCGCUACCGAAGGAGAAAAGCGGACCCUGAUAAAGACCUGGCCUUCUUGGUGUACAGCUCUGGCACGACGGGACUACCCAAGGGCGUCAUGCUGAGUCACAAAAACAUCGUUGCAGAUGUCUUGAUGAUCAAAGGAUGUGUAGGCAAGUGGUAUGGCACGGCGGAAGACAAAAUUCUCGGUGUCCUACCAUUUUUCCACAUUUAUGGCCUAACAGGGCUUGUGAUGCAACCACUUCAUCGAGGCAUUGAGCUCGUCGUAAUGCCGGCAUUCAAUCUUGAGGUGUUCCUAAAGGCAAUUCAGCAUCAUAAGAUCACCUUUGUCUAUGUGGCGCCCCCAGUCAUCGUUCGACUUGCUCGCGACCCUUCGGUAGACAAUUACGACCUGAGCAGUUUGAAGAUGAUCACCAGUGGCGCAGCACCGCUAACGCGAGAGUUGGUGGACACCGUACACAAGAGGUUGAAGAUCAAGAUCAACCAAGCUUAUGGAUUGAGUGAAACCAGCCCCAUGACACACACACAAGUAAGUCUUCUCUUGAAACCAGGGUGUUAUCCGUGCCUAAUCAACUUCCUCCUCAAGCCUUGGGACGAGUGGUAUUCCUCUGUCGGUAGCGUCGGUAAGCUGUUCCCAAGUAUGACUGCCAAGUACAUUUCUGCAGAAGGCAAAGAGCUUGGGCCUGGUGAGACGGGCGAACUAUGGCUAUCCGGACCCAAUGUGUUCAAAGGAUAUUGGAAGAACGAAGAGGCAACAAAAGAUUCCAUUACCGAAGAUGGCUAUUUCAAAACCGGAGAUGUGGGAUUUCAGGAUAAGGACCACAACUUCUACAUCACAGAUCGCGUCAAGGAGUUGAUCAAGUACAAGGGUUUCCAAGUCCCACCAGCAGAACUGGAAGGGAAACUUAUGGACCACCCUGAUAUCGAUGAUGUGGCAGUGAUUGGUGUCAACGACGAAGAACAGCAUACCGAAGUCCCCCGAGCAUACGUGGUCGCUGCCAACGGCAAGAACAGCGAGAAGGAUGCAGAAGCCAUCGUGAAAUGGCUUGAUGAUAAAGUGGCCAGUCACAAGAAACUCAGGGGUGGCGUGAGAUUUAUCGAUGAAGUUCCAAAGAGUGCAGCGGGAAAGAUAUUGAGGCGAUUGUUGAAGGACAAGGCCAAGCAGGAAGAAUCGCAAAAGGGAGGCAAGUCGAAAUUGUGA